UUUCUUUCCUUACUCUACCAAACGUAAAAAAAGAGUUGUCUUUAGAGUGAGAAAGAAAAAAACAGAGAACCCAUGGAGUGGAUUCGCGGCGAAACGAUUGGAUACGGGAGUUUCGCCUCUGUUAGUUUGGCGAAACCGAUUUUCAUUGUUGAUGAUUUCCCGAAAUUGUUUGCUGUUAAAUCUUGUCAAGCUUCAUGCUCUGCUUCGUUGAUGAGCGAAAAAGAGGUUUUGAAGAAGAUGAAGAGUUGCCCACAUAUUAUUAGAUUCUUUGGAGAUGAGAUUAGUUAUGAAAAGGGUGAGAUGUUUUAUAAUUUGUUGAUUGAAUAUGCAGACGGUGGCGAUAUGAGUUUGAAAAUUAAGAAUUCCGGUGAAGGGAAGCUGCCGGAGGAGGAAGUUAAGAGGUAUACUAGAUCGGUGGUUCAAGGAUUGAAGUUUAUUCAUGAGAAUGGAUUUGUUCAUUGUGAUAUCAAGCCGAAGAAUGUUCUUCUUUGCUCUGCCGGAGAAAACGGGCUUGAGGUGGCGAAGAUUGCUGAUUUCGGUUUGGCCAAGAUUGCCGGAGAAAAGAUUGGUGUUGAAUUGAGGGGUACGCCGCUUUACAUGUCGCCGGAGAUGGUGAAAGACGGCGAGCAAGAAUCCCCAUCGGAUAUUUGGGCGUUGGGAUGUUUGGUCACCGAGAUGAUAACCGGUAACCCUGUUUGGCGGUUUAGGGCAGGGGAGAAUCAUUUUGGUUUGUUUAUGAGAAUUGGAGCAUCCGAUGAAUCGCCGGAGAUUCCAACCGACAUGUCCGAUGAAGGAAAAGACUUUUUAGGAAAGUGUUUCAUAAGAGAUCCUAAACAGAGAUGGACGGCGGAGGAGCUCUUGAGUCACCCAUUCAUUGCAUCUAACGAAGAAGAUGAAGUACACGUCAAGCUGACGUCUCCAAGAUGUCCCUUCGAUUUUCUUAAUCAGAACAACCUAGUAUGGUCGAAUUCAAUUACAUCUUUGCCCUCAUUUCACGAAGAGAGACUACAACAAGUGAUCGUAGAGUCCCCUAAUUGGUCCAAUUCAAGUUGGUUUGCAGUUAGAUAGACUAUUAAGAGAAAAUUAAGUUUAUUUAUUUUAUUUU